AUGUCGCGACAAUCAGGUAAUUGAAGAUUCAGUUAAUUCACAGUAAAUUUCAUUUUUCCAGCCGUCUUCGAGGUGGAUGGAACCGCGCCGAGAUCUGCGCGAAGACAGGAGUCAUCUCGUCAUCACCGUCCCUCUCAUCAUGGAAGCUCGAGAGAUGGAAGAGGUUCCUCGAAAUCGUCGAGCUCCAGACCAUCAAAUGGUAACCGAAAUUUGCUCGAACUGCCAUCAAAUCCUUAUUUAGGGGGCGAAGAUCGUCGCGUCGGCAAUGGGAGCUCCAGCAGCUACGGAAACUCGAGUAACCACAUAUCUGGAUCCGGUCGAGGACGGACGUCUCCUCCGCCGCCACCACCCCGUCCUCCCGCACAGCGAAGAGGCCCGAGGACCCCCGACGAGCCGCAUCCGGAUGACGUGGCUGCCGCCGCCGCCGAGGCCGCCGCUGCAGCUGCUCGGCUCGCUGAAGCUGCUGCGGCUCUUUCGGGAAGACGUGCCCUUCCACCGCCACCACCGUCGCAUCCACCAGGCCGCCGAGGACCGCGGACUCCGGAGGAACCGCAUCCCGACGAUGUGGCUGCAGGGCUAGUGAGACGGGACAGCCCGCCGCCUCCGCCGCCACCCGGUCGUCCGCCACAAGCAGGACAUGCGGCCACCUUUCGCUCGAAUGUCCGCUCAUCGUCAGACGCUCGAGGCGAGAGACGCUCGGACCAAAGAGGCUGGGAACACAGGGGAUCGGAACACCGGAGCUGGGAGCAGAGGAAUGCGGAGAGCCGGAGCUCUGAUCGUCGAAGCUUGGAGCAGCGGAACGCGGAGAGCCGAGGCUCUGAGCAUCGAAUCUCGGAGCAGCGGAACGCGGACAGCCGAGGCUCUGAGCAUCGAAGCUCGGAGCAGCGGAAUGCGGAGAGCCGAGGCUCUGAUCAUCGAAACUUGGAGCAGCGGAACGCGGAGAGCCGGAGCACUGAGCAUCGAAGCUCGGAACAUCGAAACUCGGGGAAUCGCAAUUCGGAUCACAGAGGAGGACACGGAGGAUGGGAUCGACGAGGUCGGGAUCAUCGAGGAUCCGAGCGCCGAGCGCCGGAAGAUCGACGACGAGGAGGUAAAUAACAGCAAACCGGAAGGAAUUUAGAGCAAAACUUGAUUAUUUUCAGAUUACGGCGGCCCGUCCGCAAAACGAUCCCGGCGCUGAGCAAGGAGGCCUUGAUUGA